AUGCUGACGACAGGGAAAGCUUUGCUGAAGUUCAAUCGGCAAUCAAUAAAUUUGCAUCCCAAAUUGGCUGGGUCCACGUCUUCUGAGAAUCUAUCGGUUACUCUCGACGGGGAAACCCUAGAGGAAGUCGACCACUUCAAUCUCUUUCUUUCUUUCUUUCUUUCUUUCUUUCUUUCUUUCUUUCUGUCUUUCUUUCUGUCUUUGUUGCAUUCUCUCUAUAACUUAUUCUAUUUAUCGCUGUCUUUCUCCUCCCACUUCUCUUCCUUGAUGUUUUCUCUCUCUUCGUCUAUCUCAGUGAUUCUUUUUUCCUCCGUCUCUACGAUCCUCGCUUUUCGUUUGUCUCUCCCGUUUUCUCUUUCCGUCGGCCUCUGUCUCACCCCUUCUCGAUUUUCUCUACCUCUUUUGCUUUUCGUCUGUUUCUGUCUCAUUCUUUCUGCUUCUCUUACUCUCUCUCUCUCUCUCUUUCUCUCUCUCUCUCUCCCAGUUUCUGUGUCGUUCUAUCUUUUUCUUCCGUACUUCUCUCAUUUUCUUUUUCCCUCUCCCUUUGUUUCUGCCUCUUGCAGUUUUCAGCCUCUCUCUCUCACUCUUUCUCUCCUUAUCUCUCUCUCUCUCUCUCUCUCUCUCUCUCUCUCUCUCUCUCGUUCUGCUUUAAUCCUUUUUAUCUUUCUGUGUCUCUUGAUUUGUAUUUUUCUAUCUGAACUCUCUCUUUCUAUCUCUCUAUAUUUCUUUCUCUCUCUCUCUCUCUCUCUAUGCUUUACACUUUCUAUUUGUCUGUCUCUUUGGAUUUGGAUUUUUUAUCUGAACUCUCUCUCUCUCUCUCUCUGUCCAUCUGGUCUUUCUUCUAUAUAUAUCUACCCUCGUUCUAUGGCUCUAUUGUUCCUUUUCUUUAUCUAUCAUUCCAGCACUUUUGUGCCAAAGUAA